AUGAGGCCCAUGUCGCGGAUGCCUCGCUCCAGGUGUCUCGGAGGAGCGAUGUUGGCAUCUUCCGCGUUGGUCAUGGCCUUCGGAGUGGCUUUUGUUGUCCCACACAGAGGCCACACAGGCUCUUCGCGGAUGCCCUGCGCGGCUGGCGAGGCAGUUCAGGUCCAGGGUGAGCUUUCUCCCCUUUUCGAUUACGUCCUGGUCAAGUCAAAGGAGACCGUGACCAGCACGAAGUCCGGAUUGCUGCUGCCGACCUCCUCGGAGAAGCCCAGCGAAGGCGAGGUGGUGGCCAUCGGCCCGGGUGCUAUAAAGGACACAGGAGUGCAGGUGCCCGUAUGGGCGCAGGUCGGCAUGAAAGUGCUUCAUGGUAAGUAUGGUGUGGAGGAGGUAACGUAUAACGACGAGGAUCACGUCCUUGUCAGGGAUGACGAUGUGCUGCUCAGCUAUUCGGGUGAAGAGCCCACUUUGGAGACCAUCCAGAUGCCCAGGGGAAAGGUGCUGCUGAAGCUGCUGGAGGAGAAAGCAGAGUCGCAGGGCGGCAUCUUACUCUCAAAGGGUGCUGCCAAGCCCGACACCACGAUCGGUGAGGUUGUGGCUGUCGGUGAGGACGCUCUGGAUCGCUUCGGAAAGCCCAUUGCCACGGACCUUGCUGUCGGUGACACUGUUCGUUUCCGUUUCGGCAACGAGGUGAAGCUCGACCUCGGCAAGUCCGAGUUCCGCUCGGUGGAUGCCUCUGAGUGCCUUGCGAAGUGGAAGUCCUAA